UUCUGUAAUAUGCGCCGGUGAGUCCAAAAUUAAAACCUCUUCCGACGAAGUACGCCGGCGGACUGGCUUCCGACGUUGUCUCCGGCAACUUUCGAAUGUAUGCUGCUGUGCUCCGUCUGCAUAGGAGUCUCAAGGUCUGCUAUUUCUGCCCCCUCUCUCUCCACCUCAGCUCAGAAACCCUAGCGCAUUUGCUCUCUGUUUAUCAUCAAUCGAUGAAGUAUGCUUAUUUUAGCAGUUCGAGCUCAUACAUUUCUGGUUCAAAAUCCGAUUUCCUAUGUCAAUUUUCGCCUUUUACCAGAAAUAGCUCCGGAAGCAAUGCGAUUAACUCAAAUGAGAGGCGUAUGCUCGCCGUCGGAAUUUCGAGGAUGAUCAAACUUGAGGAGAGAGACCUCCUCAUUCGGUUUUCAAGAGGUUUUUCUCCAGUUGCCAUUGCGGAAAUCAUGGUAUCGCUUCAGAAGCGGCAGGUUGCAUUUGCAUUUUUCAAAUAUGCUUUUCGUGAUCACUCGGACUUCCUAGUCAGGUGUUAUUGCGUCGUCGUGCUUUCGUUAGUAGCGAAAGAUUUUAGGCAAUUAGCUCAGGAUGUGCUUACAUGGAUGAUACGGGGAAUAGGAGAGGAGCGGAGAGGAGUUAUGUUCUUAGAUGCCAUCUUGUGCCCUGGAGGUUUUGGAUAGGAUGAGAGGAGUUGGUGGUAGGCCGAGUUUAUCAGCUAUUUGUUGUUUGAUAAAGUUGUUACUACGGUUUGGUGAUUAAAGCAGUGUGUGGAUGUUGUUCAAAGAUAUGAUUUUUAAAGGACCCAUCCCUUCGAAUUAUGUUUACAAUAUGAUAAUUCUUGGAUUUUGUAGGAGAGGCUGCAUUCGGAUUGCAGAAAGUUUGUUGUAUGUCAUGAGGAAGUUUGGGUGUGAGCCAGAUGUAUAUACAUAUAAUAUUUUAAUCAAUGCAUAUUGUGUCAGGGGGUGGACUUGGGAAGCUUUCAGUUGGGUGCAUUUGAUGUUCGAAAGUGGCUGCACUCCAAGCUUUGCUAUAUUUAGUACGUUUAUCAAUGCUUUUUGCAAGGAGGGUAAUAUUGCUGAAGCAAAUAAAAUCUUUCAUUGGAUGCAAGAAUUGGGUGUGUCUCCAAACACUGUAUUGUAUAACGCCGUGAUGGAUGGCUAUGUCAAGGCAAGAGAAAUUGGUAUGGCAAAUGUGCUUUAUGAAGAAAUGAGAAGCAAGGGUGUUGCACCUGAUGGUGUGACUUUUAACAUCUUAGCUGCUGGCAAUGAAAAGUACGGCAACGAGCAGGAUGGGAACAGGUUGCUAAGGAGCUUUUCAGUGAUGGGAUCGGUUCAAGAUUCUUCAUUGCCUGAUAUACAUAUUGGAGGACUGUGUUGGGCAGGUAGAUUGGAUGAAGCUUUUGAACUAUUGGGGUUCAUGCUCGAAAAAGGAAUCUCUCUUAGUGUAAUUUCAUUUAACUCGUUAAUUCUUGUCUACAGCAAAGCAGGUUUAGAAGACGAGGCUUUUGAAGUCUACAACUUUAUGGUGAAAGUUGGCUUCACCCCCUCAGCUCCCACAUAUACUUCACUUCUCUUAGGAUUAUCUAAGAUCGGAAGGCUUCAAGAAGCCAAGUCGCUCAUAUACAAGAUGAUACAAAAUGGUUAUCCCAUCAGUAGAGCAGCUUUCACAGUGGUUCUGGAUGGGUAUAUUAAGAAAGGAGACAUGAUGGGAGCUCAAGGUCUUUGGAAUGAAAUGGAGAUGCUCGGGAUGGCUCCAGAUGUUGUUGCUGUUUCUGCUUUCAUUCUAGGCCUUUCCAAGGGGGGCUUUGUUCAACAGGCAUACAAUAUGUAUUUGAAAAUGUUAAGCAAAGGGCUUGUGCCUAACAACUUUGUUUACAAUUCCUUAAUUUCCGGCUUCUGCAACUGCGGAGAACUAGAUGAGGCAUUAAGGCUGGAACUGGAGAUGAGGAAUAGGGGUUUGCUCCCUGAUGUGAUCACCUUCAAUAUCAUUAUCAAAGGUUUCUGCAAACAAGGAAGGAUGAAAUCUGCCAUGGCCACCUACAUGGAGAUGCUGAGAUGUGGGAAUUCCAACUCAAUCAAUAGAACACUGAUUAAGGAAAUAAGGACUCAAUUUAUUGAUAAAAAGGACAGAAAGAAAGAAGCAAAUAGAAUAACAAUCCUCAAGAAAGAGGCCAUGAUAAUCCUCCGCAGAGGCCUACGGCUACCGCCGUCCUAUUUCUGAUCUCUCCAAAAGAUCUCUAAACUGAUAAGAGACUCCCUAUUUAUAGAUACUAAGGUGCUGAAAUAAAGGUAACAGAAAUUCGAAAUUGAAUUGUUGAUUUACUCAGCCAGCUCUUCCCCCAAAAUCUCUGGUUCAGUUGGCUGCUGCGAUAUCUCCUCUACUUAAUUAGUUGGCCAACCACUUCCCUAUUUUCACUCCUCUAAUCUGUAUCAUAAUGUGACUUACAACACUUUUAUCAGUGGAUACUGCAAGCAACUUGACAUGUUAAAUGCUGAAAAUUUGGCAAAUACAAUGCAAAAUAGUGGCUGGGGUCCAGAUAUUACAACUUACAACAUACAGAUUCAUGGUUAUUGCAGAAGCCGAAGGAUGAAUAGAGCUAUAAUGAUGCUUGAUGAGCUAGUUUCUGCUGGAAUAGUUCCAGAUACAGUUACCUACAACACUCUGCUGAGUGGUGUCUGCCGUGAUAUACUAGAUCAUGCAAUGAUUUUGACAGGAAAAUUGCUGAAGAUGGGUUUUGUUCCAGAUUUAGUUACGACUAACUUACUGUUGUCUAAUUUACGCAAGCAUGGUUUACCGCACAGGACAGCAAUGUGGGCGCAGAAGUUGAGCGAGAUAUCUUUUGAGUUUGAUGAGAUAACACAUAAGAUAUUGGAUAGAGCAUAUAAUGAUUUAGAAGAUGUUGAAUCUACAAAAGAAAUAACGGGGAAGAGCCUCUUUUUGGACCUCCUCAUGUACAUGACUUAUGACUUCAUAUACAGAAACAGGGUUUUUCAGAAAAUGAGUUCCAACCCCAUUGGGUUUACUGAUAAUCAGUCCAGCAUGAAUGUGGAAGCUGUCUGCAGUUAAGUUAAAAUGAAAUGACUGCUUCAUAGUUUUUCGGUGGCCAACCAGAAGAUUUCUGAUGAGGACCAGCCUGAUUUUGCCCUUGCACCAGAAUUAAAAAAGUCUGAUCACAUGAUUUCUGGGUGUGCAUCUAAGUGUCCUUGAUGAGGAAAAGGCCAAGUCUUUCUUCACCGGCUUGCUUACUCUAUAUGCAUUUUGAAACGUAAAAUGAGGUGAGAGUUCUUCACAGAAAAUGUAUCAUGAUUUGUGAUCUUGAUCUGGGAAGAAAAUCCGUCCCAGCAUCCAUACUAUCAGAACCAUAUGGGCGUUGAAGAAGACAGAAUCCUUACAUGGGAGGUUUGGACUUUGGAGUGUUGCAGUUCUUUUCCUUGGAUCAUUCUACCAAGCUAGAUCAAGUUUCCAGUGCCCAAAAAUUUCAUGGGGCGAAGUUAGCUAACGGGCUCAAAACUCGAUACAGAGAGGUCCGUUAAUGAGUACGUAAACUAUUGCCGUCGUUUUAGGAAUCUCAUGUUACUGGUAUUUGAGUAUAACCCUAACCCUACAGGUCGACUUACCUUGUUCUUUAAUGUUAAAAGUAGCAAGCAAAAUUGUAAAUAGCAUGAUUCAGAAAUGUGUAGUUAGAAUCAGAGUGGUGGUGUACUGCGAAUUUUAUGUACAGAAGGAUCGUCUGAAAGAAUUUUGAUAGCUUAUGUAUGAAAGUUGAG